AUGACCGACACAUUUACAGAUCCUCAAAAUUCUCAGUUACAAAACGACCAGCUUGAUGAAGAGCACGAAUGGAAACAGCAUGUUCCGUUAAUGCCUAAUCUUCCAACCCUCCAUUAUUUGCGACAAGCAAGUGCAAUGCUCGAUCUACCCGUUCGUACUACAGCAACUGCUAUAAUCUACUACCACAGAUUCCAUAAAUUCAUGGCACUCUACAAAGGAAAGAAGCAGCCUAAAAAUGGUCAAUGGGUUGACGAUUGCCUUCCAUUGUUAACAAACGAAGAGUUGUUAGCUACAACAUGUUUGCAUUUAGCAUGCAAAGCAACCGACAUUCCUCGUAAAGUUCGCGACUUAGUCAACGUUGGGUACAGAUACUAUCAUCCAAAUGAGUCUAUGCUUCAAGUAGAUGAGACGUAUUUCCGUAUGCGUUCAUCACUUGUUACAAGUGAAUUGUUGCUUGUUCGCACACUUGAUUACAAUCUUGAGGUUGAGUUACCUUUUGCAUUCUGUCUGAAUACCUUGCGUGGUAUGGGCUCUGUUCAGUUCUUCGGUCAGAGUACAACUGCGUUCAGGCGCCACAGUUCAAAGAAUGGACCAGUCUCAGCGCCUAUGUCUGCUCCUGGAUGGCAAAAAGAAGUCUGGAGACGUAUGGAAUAUGAAAUGGACCCUGAAUUAAGUGCUGUUGCACGAUUAUCCUGGAUGUUUUUAUGGGAUAGCAUUUGCUCCCCAAAGCUGUCUAUGACCCAUUCAGUACCUGGGAUUGCACUAGGAUGUCUAUAUCUUGCCCUCAGAACGUCUAAUGCCGAUUUACCUAUGACUAUGAGCGAGUGGGUAGAUAUGUGGGGUGCCUCUGAGAACAUAUCUGUACAAGCUGUACGAGAUGUUGUAACAGAUCUAUUAGCAUUAUAUGAAGCAACAUCGUCUUCCUCGCUCUUUCAGCGGUCCACAUAAUAUUCCUUUUAGAAAAUAACAAAUGUAGUAUUAAGAGGAGGUAGAGAAGAGAAUCGAUUGACUUUGGGUCAACCAUGCAAGCUAUACUAUUAUUGGCCGCCAGCGAGCAUUUUCUCCAGUCUUCAUAUAAAAAUGAUCUCAAGAGGACAAAGAUGAGUGAAUGAAGAAUAUAAAAUAAGUAGAUUAGAAAAGAUACAAAGCAAGCAAAAAAUCAAAACAGUAGGAAUAAAAUCGUAAAACGGCCUUGUCUCUAUCUUUCUCUUUAUAGGAUACCCAUAGUCUCCAAUUUAUGGCGUUCUGAGCAAGUAGAAAUGAGUAUUUGUAAUCAAACCUAUAGUGAAAAUAAACUUACGAGUCUGUCGAGCAUCGGCAUCUUCCAUUUC